CGGAGAUAAAACAUUAAUGGCUGUGACGUCACGCAGAGAGCUCAGUGAAAGUCGCUCGUGAAGCUGCGGGUAAGAACGGGGGCAAGCCCGCGAGGUAUUGGUAUAUCGAACAGCAUAGUGACGCAGCAGUCUCCACGAGCUGCCCAUCAUUCAUUUCACAAGUUAUCAGGGGCUUUGCAUUGCAUGGCACUGGACCUGAUGCUCAGCGUAGUCUGUGAGCAGUGAGCUCCUAUUUGAUGUGAUUUCAUCUUGACUUCUUAUCCAUCCGUUUUGGGAAUAUUGUGAAGAGAGAUCUAACUUGGAGACAGCGAAAAUGGACGUUUCCCAAACCGGCAGCCACUGUCUAGUUAGUGAUAUAUCUAAUGCGGAAAAUAUCGAGACAAAAUUAAUUUUACGCAAUUGCUGCAAAGUGGUCCGGUGGCGCAACCGUCUCAUAUCAUACUAGGCAUCCCGGAGAGUGGGGCUCGCCGAGUCACUGCGCUCCAAGCUCAGAGAAUAAUUUGCGGUGACAAGCAGGUUAAAUUAAAGUGAGAAAAUGCCUCACUUCAAAUUAUGUGAUAGUCUAACGACUUGAACUUUUCUCUCCACUAUAGGCUAUCUAAAGAACGAAAAGGUUGCAUUAAUUUGGAAUUGAAGGGAUCAUUUAAAUUAUCUGUCAUGGAUUGUGCCUAUUUUGUAUCUUACUUUGAAUUUAAGCCAACGGAGUAGCCUUAGGGAAUCAACUCACUUUUCUUUUCAACACUGCUGCACUGGAUCAGAAUGGAUGUGUCAUUGUAACAUACUGCUGCUGCUGAAGACCGCGCUCCGUCGGGUAUUUUUGACUUUUUUCCUCAACGAUGCAGCUCCUUCGACUAGCGUGGGCUUUAACGGGAGCCGCAGUCUGCUGUUUUGUUAUCCUCCUCAUUCACUCACACGUUCUAAAAGAAGGUCAGUUGGCAGCGGGUACGUGUGAGAUUGUCACUCUGGACCGGGACAGCAGUCAGCCGCGGCGGACCAUAGCACGACAGACGGCGAGGUGUGCCUGCAAGAAGGGACAGAUUGCCGGCACCACAAGAGCCAGACCGGCUUGUGUAGACGCUCUCAUUGUGAGGAGCCGGCAGUGGUGUGAGAUGAUGCCUUGCUUGGAAGACGAGGGCUGUGACCUCUUAGUAAACCACUCAGGCUGGACCUGCACACAGCCGGGGGGCCGGGUGAAGACCACCACGGCCCUAUGACGACACACACACAAAGACAGAACGCCUUGCCAGCCAGACAGACAGCGAAAGUCAACCACUUUUCAAGGACAGACAGGAGAGAAACAACUAACUGCAGAUCCUGGCAGUCUAGAGCGACACAGCAAGGUCUCCUGACGAUGGCGGGGACAGACGCUCCCGAGAGAGAGAGGGGAUGGUGUGUGAGCUGCUUGCUAUAGUCCAUCGUCACCGCCUGUGUGGAGCAUACGUCGUCUUAUCAUCAGCUGUCCGUCUAUUGUUCUGUGCAGCAGCGUGAAGCCACGUAGAACCUACGUUGCCAAAGGCCCGGACUCCAAAUACAGGAGCUGGAGCUUAACAUGGGACAUAUGAACUUUGCAAUGCUCUAUUAUUCCAUGGGAGACCGAACAUAUUUUUCAGUUGAGUUUGGAUAAUUCUAAUGUGUGUCGUCAUGAACUUCUGGAUCUGACCCAACCUAGACUUUGGACACGGGACACAAAUGUUCUUUUGGAGUUUUACGCUUGGCAACUCCUCUGUAGUGAUUUUACAGACCAAAGAAAAAGAUAGCCGACUGCUCCAUGUUUUGGAGGACACAGUGGACUUUGGGAUAAGGGGUUUAGAGACUUCUCCAAGUUGAUGAAACAUGCAAUCCCAUAUUCCCACUCACACUAUUACAGACUCUAGACAUACCCACAAAUGUACACAUGGUGAUAAAAGUGAUGUGUUGUGCAGAGUAAUUGUGUACAAAUGAAUGACGGAAACUGGAUGGCAAAAGUCAAGGGACAUUGUGUAAUUUGUCAAUUAUGUUUCUCUUGGACUACUAAACUGUACUUGUAUACUCACUGCUCUAUUUUGAACAUACAUUAAAUCAAAUAUACAUUUUCAAUUGCUAUAUUUGGACGAUUUUCAGUCAGCAUGACUGGUUAUAGUGAAACAAGCAAAUCAUUUCUCACCAGUAAAGAAUUGGAGGAAAAUAGUAAAUCCGUCAUAUCUGUUUGGGGGAAAGAAACAUUAAAUGUAUUUUCAAAAGCCUAAAGUUAUAUAUUUAACAGUUUUAUAUGUUGUAUCUUUGUAGAAAACCUUAUUUAACACUGGAAAUGUGGUCACAUUGCCAAUCAUAAACUGUGGAUACACAAUGAGCUAUGUCCUUAAGCUACUGGUCUCUCUUGUUCAUUUGAACAAGUUUUUUCAUCAUAAAAAGUCAAUUAUUUAACAUGAAAUGAGGAAAGUACAGAAUUAAAGUAUUCAGAUAAUAGUACA